CCAACAAAAAAAAAACAAAGGGUAUUCUUGGAACUCAAAUGUUGUUAUAUGGUAUAAAAUGACCAAACCCUACAUCUAACUCUCACUCUGCUCUUAAUUUUGCUAUCGCUCAGUCUCUGCGGCUGAGAAUUCCGAACAUCGUUUGAAUCUGAGUUCAAUUAGUCAUGGGUAAAGAGAAGUUUCACAUUAACAUCGUGGUCAUUGGUCAUGUCGACUCUGGGAAGUCGACUACCACUGGCCACUUGAUUUACAAGCUUGGAGGUAUUGACAAGCGUGUUAUUGAGAGGUUUGAGAAAGAAGCUGCUGAAAUGAACAAGAGGUCAUUCAAGUAUGCUUGGGUGCUUGACAAGCUCAAGGCUGAGCGUGAAAGAGGGAUUACCAUUGAUAUUGCAUUGUGGAAGUUUGAGACCACCAAAUACUACUGCACAGUCAUUGAUGCUCCUGGACAUCGUGACUUUAUCAAGAACAUGAUUACUGGAACUUCUCAGGCUGACUGUGCUGUCCUUAUCAUUGAUUCCACAACUGGUGGUUUCGAAGCUGGUAUUUCCAAGGAUGGACAGACUCGUGAGCACGCACUGCUUGCUUUCACUCUUGGAGUCAAGCAAAUGAUCUGUUGCUGUAACAAGAUGGAUGCCACUACCCCCAAGUACUCCAAGGGUAGGUAUGAAGAAAUUGUGAAGGAAGUUUCUUCCUACCUGAAGAAGGUUGGUUACAACCCAGACAAAAUUCCAUUUGUUCCCAUCUCUGGUUUUGAGGGUGACAACAUGAUUGAGAGGUCCACUAACCUUGACUGGUACAAGGGCCCAACUCUUCUUGAGGCUCUUGACCAGAUCAAUGAGCCCAAGAGACCCUCAGACAAGCCUUUGAGGCUUCCCCUUCAGGAUGUCUACAAGAUUGGUGGUAUUGGAACUGUGCCUGUUGGACGUGUUGAAACUGGUGUCUUGAAGCCUGGUUUUGUGGUGACUUUUGCUCCAACUGGUCUGACAACUGAAGUUAAGUCAGUGGAGAUGCACCAUGAGUCCCUCACUGAGGCCCUACCUGGUGACAAUGUGGGAUUUAAUGUGAAGAAUGUUGCAGUCAAGGAUCUCAAGCGUGGUUUCGUGGCUUCAAACUCAAAGGAUGACCCUGCCAAGGAAGCUGCAAACUUCACCUCCCAAGUCAUUAUCAUGAACCAUCCUGGCCAGAUUGGAAAUGGCUAUGCUCCAGUGCUUGACUGCCACACUUCUCAUAUUGCUGUCAAAUUUGCCGAGCUUUUGACCAAGAUUGACAGGCGAUCUGGUAAGGAGAUUGAGAAGGAGCCCAAAUUCUUGAAAAAUGGAGAUGCAGGUAUGGUUAAGAUGGUUCCCACCAAGCCCAUGGUGGUCGAGACUUUCUCCGAGUAUCCUCCUCUUGGUCGUUUUGCUGUCAGGGACAUGCGUCAAACGGUUGCUGUGGGAGUCAUCAAGAGUGUGGAGAAGAAGGACCCAACUGGCGCCAAGGUCACCAAGGCUGCACAGAAAAAGAAGUAAAUGGAUCUUAGCAUUCUGCAAGUUCAUGUGAACCAUUAUUAUAAUUAUGGUUACAGAAAUCAGUGGUGACUUGUUAGCAAUUAUCUUUUGAGACUUUAGGUGUUUUUACCUGUUAUAGUUUUAUGUUUGUCAUUUUUAUGCGGCCACAGUUUUCAAACUGAGUUCUGGACCUGCGAUGUUGAGUUAUGUGUUUCAGUCUUGCUUUUACUUUUAAUUUCUGCAUGAGAACUCAAGCAGCUUUAGGGUUUUAAAGUUCUCCUUUGCUGACGAGUAUGUUUUAAUUAUUUGUGUUUACAUUUAUAAGUAAAUUUUGUCACAUGUUUUGUUA